CUCCUUGGCUGAGAAUGGCUGGCUGGCUGGCAGGCGGCAUAAUCAGUUCUUUCUGUCGGCAGGCUUGCAAAAAAAAUAGCUGACGUCACAGUCAUUACUGGCUCUAUAAAAGUCAGCGUAAUGCAGAGUCCUGUGCAGUCAACCCAGCCACAUUCCUUGACUCUGAGCCGCCCAUUCUUCAAGUCAUGACUUCGACCGGCUUUGACCCUUACCUCCCAUCGACUUAUAAGAGGAGGGUGGUGGUGCGCACUGCAGGUUAUGGAGCUGCAGGAGGAACGGGACCUCGAUCCGCAUACUUCACCAACUCGGCCCCAGUAGCAUCCUAUGCAUCUUCACGUAGAAGUUAUCCAACCUACACCAGAGGUUCUGCAAGCCACUCCACCUUACUUUCUGCACCAGUGUCUGCAGCUGCCACUGAGCUUCGCCUUGACCAAGCAGCCCAGGUCAGCUCUGAGUUCAAAGUGCUGAGGACCCAGGAGAAAGCUGAGCUCCAGGACCUGAACGACCGCUUCGCCAGCUUCAUAGAGAAGGUCCAUGAACUGGAGCAGCAGAAUAAGUUGCUGGAGACGGAGCUCUUGCUACUCAGGCAAAGGCAGACCGAACCAUCCAAUCUUCGGGGCCUGUACGAGCAUGAAAUCCGCCAGCUCCGUGCUGCUGUGGAAGAGGCCCGCCAUGAGAAACAAGCGGCCCAGGACCACAGGGAUGAGAUGGAAGAUGUGCUGAAGAACUUGCAAAAACGCUACGAGAAAGAAGUUCUCGGAAGAGAAGAGGCAGAGGGUCGGCUCAUGGAUGCCAGGAAGGGGGCAGAUGAAGCCGCUCUGUGCCAGACUGAGCUGGAGAAAAGAGUGGAGACCCUGCUAGAUGAGCUGGCCUUCUUGAAAAAUCUUUGUGAGAGCGAGAUUGCAGAGCUGCAGGUGCAAAUUCAGUUCAGCUCAGAGAUGUCAGUGGACAUGGAGGUCUCCAAACCGGACCUGUCCACCGCUCUCCGUGACAUUCGAGGUCAGUAUGAGAAGUUGGCUCAACGUAACCUGCAAUCAGCUGAAGAGUGGUUCUGCAACAAGAUGAGUGUGAUGACGGUGGGUUCCACUCGGAACACCGAGAGCGCACGGUGUGCCAAGGAUGAGGCUGGAGAGUAUCGCCGACUGCUCAAAGCUAGAACUCUGGAGAUUGAUGCCUGCCGUGAGAUGAACCAAGCCCUAGAAAAACAGCUGCAGGAAGUGGAGGAGAAGCAGAGUGCUGAGAUCUCUGCACUGCAGGAUGCUAUAGGGGAGCUGGAGGAGGAACUGAGGGCCAACAAGAAUGACAUGGCUCGCUACUUAAAAGACUAUCAGGACCUUUUGAACGUGAAGAUGGCUCUGGACAUUGAAAUUGCAGCAUACAGGAAGCUGCUGGAAGGAGAGGAAAAUCGAUUAAGUGUGGCUGGAUCCGGAUCGGUCUCCCUUUACCCUCAAAGCAUGUACGCCGGUCCAUGCUUUGGAAGAGUGCAGGUCUCCUCUCAGUCCCAGCUGAGCUCCGCUGCUCCAUACCUGCUGAGCAGCCGGCUGUAUUCAUCCCUGCGUUCCACGGAGGAGGAAAUAUCCGCAAGUCAGGCGCAGCAGGCAGAGGCUAGCCCUCCUCAAGAGGAGGAAGAGCAGGUGGAGGAGAAGGAGGAUGAGGAGGAGGAGCAAGAGGAUGAGCCGGGGGAUGAGAAAGAGGAGGAGGAAGAGGAGGAGGGUGAAGAGGAAGUGGAGUGUGUAGAAAAAGAGGAGGAGGGAGAAGAGGAAGAAGAGAAGGAUCCAAGUGAAGCAAACGAAGAAGGGGAGGAGGGAGACAAGGAAGAUGAAGAAGAAGAAGGAGGAGAAGAAGAGAGUCAACCUGAACAGGAGAAGGAAGAAGAUGAUGAGAAAAAGAAGGGAGAAACCGAGAAAGAGGAGGAACCUGAAGAAAAAAAUGAAAAGUUGGAUAAAAAAGUUUAAAUUUGUUAUAAUUCUUUGGAUCUUGAUACCUAAAAAACUCCCAUUCACGACAACUAAAGUCUGUCAAGAUCAGCCUCUGAGUGCAUCCACUGUAACUACAAAAAAGUUUGACUGUGAUGAAGAAGAAGAAAAAAUCUGCUUUGCAGAAAUGUGUUUGCAGGUGUUCAUCUGUCACUAAAAUGUGCUUGUACAACUGCCCAUAUGGGCAAUACUGUAUCUGCCUUAAAGUCCCCACUGAGUCCUGUAAGUCCUUGAUGUGCUGCACGGAAACUCCAAUAAAGCCUUGAAGCUUUGUCUGCAUAAAGCAA